AUGUCCUCCUCGCGCUACCCAUCCCCAGAUGAGAUCCAAGCCCUUUUCAACAACAUGGCCUCGGGCAACUACGAUGCCUUCUACGCCCGAGUGUCUCCCAAUGUCGAUUGGACCGUCUUGGGCACUCAUCCUUGCGCUGGGAGAUACAAGACUUUGAAAGACUUUCAGGAUGGGACUUUGACUCGGCUGGGCAAGAUCAUGAAGAAGCCUGGUCUCAAUCUCGCGGUGAGGAAUGUCAUUGGUGGUGGAGAUGCUGAAUGGGCGAUGGUGGAAUUGGUGGCGAAUGCGGAGUGCUUCAAGUUCGACAACUGCUAUGCGUGGUGCGUUCGAUUCGACCAGAGCGGAACAAUCGUCGAGGUGCGUGCGUACUUGGACAGCUGGAUGGUCCGACAGGCCAUCAUCGAAAACGAGACGCCGAGCCAUAGGGCGCCGGUACCAGAUGUCAGCAAAUUUUGA